GGGAAAUAGGGCCAAACAAAACACCAACCGCCAUCCCCUCCAAACAAGAAGUGACUUUCUGGAGGCUUCAAAUCAACAGGCACCACCAAAAAGAGAAAGCAAGAGGGGGAAGAGAACAACGGCGACCGGGCCCCUGACUCCAGUUCUGACAACCCAAAGGGACUCACUUUUAGAACUGGCCGGCAAGCUGGGGCUGUGCGGAGAGGGACCACAAGGUGCCAACCGCAGAAGGGCGCAGAUACCUCCCCCAGCCUCCCACCCCAGCCCCUUUGGGUUUUGUUCACCGUGCUGUCAUCUGUUUUUCAGACCUUUUUCUGCAUCUAACAUGGUGAAGAAAGGAGUGAAGAGGAGAACAAAGUAACUCCCGGGGGAGCGAAGAUCGAGGGUUACCCGCACCACGACGGCCACCACCAGCUCCUGCCACUGCGGCCACCCACGUCCACAUUCACCGGGAGACCGAGGGGCGCGCGGCAGCGGAUCCGAGAAAGGAGCGAGAAGAGGCAGCCGGCCCUUCCGAGGAGUUAUGGAUGUUGGUGCUUUCACUUCUGGCCAGAUCCGAGCCCAGAGGGAGCUAACCAGCGGCCGCCACCUCCAGCUGUCUCCUUGCCUCGCACCGGGUCUUACCGUUCCAGUAUGUUCCUUCUGAUGAGACAAUUUCCAGUGCCGAGAGUUUCAGUACAAUGUGGAAAUGGAUAUUGACACAUUGUGCCUCAGCCUUUCCCCACCUGCCCGGCUGCUGCUGCUGCUUCUUGUUGCUGUUCUUAGUGUCUUCCGUCCCUGUCACCUGCCAAGCCCUUGGUCAGGGCAUGGUGUCGCCAGAGGCCACCAACUCCUCUUCUUCCUCGUCCUCCUCGUCUUUCUCCUCUCCUUCCAGUGCGGGGAGGCAUGUGCGGAGCUACAAUCACCUCCAAGGAGAUGUCCGCUGGAGAAAGCUCUUCUCUUUCACCAAGUACUUUCUCAAGAUUGAGAACGGGAAGGUCAGCGGUACCAAGAAGGAGAACUGCCCGUACAGUAUCUUGGAGAUAACUUCAGUGGAAAUUGGAGUUGUUGCCGUCAAAGCCAUUAACAGCAACUAUUAUUUAGCCAUGAACAAGAAGGGGAAACUCUAUGGCUCAAAAGAAUUUAACAAUGACUGUAAGCUGAAGGAGAGGAUUGAGGAAAACGGAUACAAUACCUAUGCAUCCUUUAACUGGCAGCACAAUGGGAGGCAAAUGUAUGUGGCAUUGAAUGGAAAAGGAGCUCCCAGGAGAGGACAGAAAACACGAAGGAAAAACACCUCAGCUCAUUUUCUUCCAAUGGUGGUACACUCAUAGAGGAAGGCAAGGUUUGUGGAUGCAGUAUAACCAAAGGCUCUUUUACCAGGCAUAGUUGGUAUUCUUCGUGAAGAUAGUAGCUCAGAAGGAAAAGACACAGUGCAAGUAUCUGCUUGGUUGAAAGAAAGGAAGGCUUUGGAAGGUUUUUGUAUUCUCUGCUGACAUAUGAUGUUCUCUUAAUUAGUUCUGUGUCCUGCUUUGUAAUUGAGAUAUAAGCAGAUCAAAUGGGAUGGAAGUUAUUCCUAAGUGAAUAAUAUUGUGGCUGAGUUUUUGGGUUAAGU